AUGGCCGAUAAGCAACCCCACUUGAACGGUGCUUAUUACGGUCCCGCCAUUCCCGCCGGGGAGCCACCACGCUACCGCCCUCAACGUGAAAGAAGUUGCUGUUGCUGCCUCUUCGGAAUCUUGUGGAAGAUACUGGUUGCACUCAUCGUGAUUGUUGGCCUCGCAAUCCUCAUAUUCUGGCUGGUGGUUCAACCCCGCUCCUUCAAGUUCCAUGUCACGGAAGCUGAGCUAACCCAAUUCGAGUUCAACUCCAACAACAACACCCUCCACUACAACAUGGUUCUCAACUUCACUGCACGUAACCCCAACAAGAAGCUUAGCAUCUACUACGAUAAAGUAGAGGCAUUAGCAUUCUACGAGGAUGCCAGGUUCUCGAAUUACGAUGUGAUAACGCACAUGAACUCCUUCCGCCAGUACAAGAAGAGCAGCAGCCCCAUGAGCGCUGUUUUCUCAGGGUAUCGAGUGCUGACACUAGACAAUGAUCAAGUUAAUCAGUUGAACCAAGACAAGAACGAUGGGGUUUACGACAUCUAUGUGAAGCUCUACUUCAGGAUUAGAUACAGGCUCGGAGACAUCAUAUCCGGUGACUUGAAGCCCAAGGUUAAAUGUGACCUCAAGGUUCCCUUCGGUAACAAUGGCGCCGUAACUUUGUUUCAGGCCACCAAGUGCGAUGUCGAUUUCUAG